GAUGUACUGACGAUGGCGAGAGAAAAGUGGAAAAUAACCAAUAAGAUAAUCCAAAAAAACCAAUAAUCAAACAAAUCUUGUCUAAUUAGUUUAGAUUAAGAUUAUCAGUUAGUUAGGUCACUAGUAGAAGUAGAACCACGCAGGAACACCCAAAACAAAAUCAAAUUCAAUUUCAGAGAGGAAGGGAGAAAGAGAGGUCGAAAAGAGAAUAUCAGGAGAGAAAAAAUGGGUAUGAUAAAAGCUGCAAUUGGGGAUGCAAUAAUAACAUUCUUAUGGGUGUUCUGUGCAUCAACACUAGGGAUAUUCACAUCUAUCAUCUCAAAAUAUGUAGGUGUUGAUUCUGGUAACAACAUCGGCGCAACACUUCUCAUCACAACACUGUUAGUUUGUGUCUUGGUUUUCAUUUUCAAUUGGAUCGGUGAUAUCUUGGGUGGUGCUAGUUUUAAUCCUACUGGUAGUGCUUCCUUUUAUGCUGCUGGUCUUGGUCCUGAUAAUCUCUUCUCUCUUGCCCUCCGUUUUCCUGCUCAGACUUUAGGAGCUAUGGGUGGUACACUGGCCAUACUAGAGGUUGUUCCUCAAAAAUACAAACAUAUGCUUGGAGGACCUUCACUGAAAGUUGAUGUGCACACUGGAGCUAUAGCUGAAGGUGUAUUGACCUUCAUCAUCAGUUUUGCUGUGUUGUUUAUUAUUCUAAGAGGACCUGCCAACAGCCUUCUUAAGACAUGGAUGCUUUCUAUGACUACUGUUGCGCUGGUUGUCGCGGGCUCUGGUUAUACAGGUCCAUCUAUGAAUCCUGCCAAUGCCUUUGGCUGGGCAUACAUUAGGAACAACCACAACACAUGGGAGCAGUUCUAUGUUUACUGGAUUUGCCCUUUUGUUGGGGCUAUUCUAGCCGCCUGGGUGUUCCGAGCUAUUUUCCCACCUCCUCCAAGUAAGCAAAAGAAGGCCUGAAAAAGAGGGACUUGAAAGAACAGGAGAAAAAAGAAGUUAGAUAGGAAGGACCGUCUGACACUUCUGUUUCAUCCAUUGUCCAGACCAGCCUCGAAGGCUGGCAUCAUUAAUAAAAACUAGAUAUGUUAAUACUCCUUUUAAUUUGAGGUCUGUUAUUUGUGUAGUAACUGUAGUUAUAUAUUAAAAAACGACACCUCCGAAACUUGUGAACAAGUUCGGAGUCGAACAUAGUAUUUGUUAUCCUGGUUAAUUAGGUGCUGCAAUCAAGUCUAAGAAUUAUUGAGUGUAUAAUAAAAAAUUUGGCUGAUCGAACUUGGAUUUUCAUGGG